CCGCAAACGACCCUUUCCACUUUCCCAAUUUCCACUUCAAAUUCUGCCUCAUCCGCCGUUCUCUUUCACUCCUCUCAUCACGACCUGUUACGACCUGCCGUUCUUUGCUUUACUUUUCCGCCGUCUUGGUUCUCUUUCCUUUCCUUCUUUUUCCGGACACAGGUCGAGUCCAGGCCGGUCGUUGGAACCACCAACCCGAUCUUCGUCGACACGCCAACUACCAUCAUCGAGCAGCGCAAGCAGCGUGUUUUGCCUCCGACUGUGGAAGACUUUACGCGAUCCAACCGCGCAAUCUCCAUCCAGCUGCACCUCAGAGCUUACGCUUCAGAUUCUCGCGCUCCUUGAGGCCUUUAUCUCGAUACCCAGCAUGAGUGACACAGUUGCCCCGCGUCAAUACGUGCCGUUGACCUGCCACGGCCACUCUCGGCCUGUUCCACACCUGAGCUUUUCCCCCCUCGAAAAAGAAGAUGUCUACUAUAUGAUAUCCGCAUGCAAAGAUGGAAACCCAAUGCUUCGCGACGGCCAGACGGGCGAUUGGAUCGGCACGUUCCUCGGCCACAAGGGGGCUGUGUGGCAGGCGAGAUUAAGUCCCGAUGCCGCAACUGCCGCGACCGCUUCGGCCGACUUCACUGCCAAGGUCUGGGACACACAUACAGGCGAGUUGCUGUACGUUCUGAAGCAUGAUCACAUCGUCCGUGCCAUCGCCUACCCCUUUGAGCAAUCCGGAAUGCUUGCGACGGGAGGAUUUGAGAAGAAGCUCCGGAUCUUCGACCUGCAUGACCAAAAACCAGCCGGCUCGCCGACAUCUGCAGAUCCCACCACCACCACCCCUGUGACGAUCGAGGCUUCCCGAGCGUUUGAGAUCGGCGAGGGCGUGCACAAGGAUGCCAUCAAGUUUAUCGUUUGGGCGCAGGAUCCCAGUGUCAUAAUCACUGCUUCCGGCGAUACACUCCGCUGGUUUGACCUGCCCAGUCGGCGUUGCAUCCGUGAGGUGAGGCUCGAGGGCGAGAUCAAGUCUUGCGAGCUGGUGUCCCUCGCACCAACGCACAGCUCUCCGACGGACAUUGGUGGCGGUCUUCCCGUCUUGGCGGUCGCUGCUGGGAAGACGGCGUAUUUCUGGGGCGGGCCGAGGGUCGAGGACGAGCUGAAGCAGAUUAAGCUUCCCCAUGGGAUCGCGAGCGUCGGUCUUGACCUCAAGGGCAGGAAGUUUGUCGUUGGGGAGGAGCCGGGCACCUGGGCACGGGUCUACGACUGGGAAGACGGCAAGGAGCUUGACGUGCACAAGGGUCAUCACGGCCCCAUUUGGUCGAUCGCGUUUUCGCCCGACGGAAAUCUCUACGCGACAGGAUCAGAGGAUGGCACGAUCAAGAUGUGGAAAAAUUGCGAAGGAUUUUACGGGCUCUGGAGAGGGGGCGUGUCAGGUAACGGCACAGACUAGGAGGCGGACGAUCGCGCUCCUC